GCUGGCUGUAUGAAUAUAAAACUGUUUUAAUUAUACUAUGUACCAUUUGUACCCGGAAGCGUAUCACGAGAAUGCAGCUUUUAAUUUAUUUCAUAUUAUUUCUAUGUCAUGAACGUUUUACAAAAGGUAAAUAUGAAAACUUAAAUGAAAAUAUCGAAAUCAAUAUAAACGACCUUGAAAAAUAUUUGACGAACUUAAAAAUAAAUCCAAACGAUUAUGAAUCGAAUCUCAAAGCUUUGUAUCCACCGAGGAGUUACGAAGUAAAGAAGUUAUCACAGGAUGAAAUUAAACAGAUUCAAAACAAAAACAUUAGGGACAUACAAAAGUAUCUAAAUUAUGCGAUUCUUAAACGGAGAAGCAAUCUUCACAAUUCCAUAGAUUUCUAUGGCACAUAUUUGCAGAGUAAUUUUUGCAACCCAGUUCUCGUUGCGGAGCAUUACUCAAAUAAAAUGGGUUUAUAUUUCAAUAAAACGUUUCAUGAAGACGACGCCAUCAACGACAUCGACAAGCAGUUCGUUAUCUUAGACCUUGUCGAGUCUUCCAAUAGCUUGUUAUAUAAGGUCCAACUGAAUAUACUACAUAAUGAAACGAACCGUAACAAUUAUACUAACAGUGCCAUGAAAAAGUUUUACAAUCUAUUGGACGAUCUCCAUCGAGACAUCAAAGCCGAUAAGGAAGAAGAAAUGAAAUAUAUAUGUGAUCAAUUUGAAAUAUGCAGAGCGUUUCCCGGCUUUUCUGAUCACAUGUCCGAUUUCCUGGGUGACAUAUUAAAUUUCUCUGACGGUAACAUCAGUAACAUUAUGAUACUGGCAAAAAUAUUAAUAAAGGAAAAGAUAAAUUUUUUUAGGAAUUUCUUGGACGACGAUUUAAUUGAGGACAUUGGAGAGAAAUUAAACGCCAUGUUUGGAGGAGACGAGUCCGAGUUGCAAGAGGUAUUCUCCAUGGUCAGAAAGAUGUUGAGUCGAAGGCACAAAUUUUCAGUGAGGAAGAAUAUCGACAGGUCUAUAAAAGCUAAGGUCGUUCGUCUUCUGAUAGACAUCGUUGAUAAGACCUUCGUAAAAGAUGACGACGAAGUCUACUUGAUGUACAUAGAUAUGACAAGGAAGAGUUUGCGUAAAUUAUCCUCGAUGACAGAACAUCAAAUGGGAAAAAUGUUUAGCGACUUUAUACGUUACUUUAUAAACACAAUAAAAUAUAACUGGACACCGGACUGCAAGAAGGAAGUCAGAACCCUUUUAGAAGUACUGGUGAGGAACAGCGCUUCUGAUAGAGAGGUUUAUGAAUAUCUCAUUAGAAAAGGAUCCCAGUACGUGAACACUAAGCCGUUAACCGACGUGGAUCUGAUUUGAAGACGUUAUAAUAAAAUAUGUUUUAAAUAUG